AUGGACCUUAUCACGGGGUAUUUCAGACACACAAGAAAAACGAAAUGCAGAUGUGAAAGCUCGAUCACUUUAGUGUAUAUUUCUGAAAUAUCUGAUCCAAAUAUGCCUGAUGAGUACUUCGUAUGCGAUGAGUAUGGGUGUGUGCCCAUACUUACCUGUGUUAAAGACAAUAAGAUUUUCGAUGGAUGCCUGAAGUACAAGCUAGGGAGCAAAAAUAAAUGCUUUGAGCUUUCUGUGCAGCAAUGCAGCGAUGCGGGCAUUUUGAUAAACGGAAGAUGUCUCUAUGUGCAUUCCAAAGACUCAGGCACGCCUACACGGCAUUUGAUAUUUUCAAAAGGAACACUGAACGAUAAUCACAAUCCAUCAUGUCUGGAAACAGCAGAAAAUGAGGAAUCGAGAUAUUGCAGCAGUGCUAAUGAUAUUUGCGAAGAAUAUCAAAAGUGUUGUUCUACAGGGCAUGCACUUAUAGUAGCUUCGUUUCUGAAGUCAAUAGUACCUGAGUGCCAUACAAGAUUCUCACAUUUUUGCAUUUCGAAUGUUGAGCCAGUGUAUGGGCAGGUGUUGUCUUGCUAUAUCAGUGGAGUGAUUGUUCAUCACACUAUAACUUCAUCAGUAUUCUUAAAUUUCAACGAGCUAUUUUCGAAGCAGCAGUUUUUUACAAAGCUCGAUUGCAUUCCAUACUUUCCACACACGAACUUCAUCAUAAGUAGCGAUUGGAAGCAAGUAUACGAGUCGAGGGAGUACGUGUUUGCAUACAACUAUCCAUUUAAGUUUCUUCGGAAGGUAUUGGGACUAAUUUUGCUGGAAGAGAGGAUUGUGUUUUAUUCGGCACAGGACUCAUCUCUGAAAGUAAUGCAGAUUCUGGAUCUUGUAAGGCCAUUCAAAUGGCAUCAUAUUGUGUGCAUUCCACUUCUUGAUGAGAUGUGCGAGAUUCUUGAAAGCCCCUUGCCAUUUAUUGUAUGCACAAAGAGCAGGAUCGAAAUAAAAGGUGUUAUGCUCGUUGACUUGGACAGCCUAACAAUUCAUGGGGGUAAACGAAGUAGUAUUCCACUAAGAGAGAGCAAAGAAAGCAUUGCUAAGAAAAACAGCACUGAGGGCAUAAAGAGUUGUAUCAGGUCGAUCGUCACCGAAGUGACUUUUUGGAGGGAGUAUCUGAUUAAAAGGCAUGGAAGCGAGAUUUUGGAGCUGAUUGUGGACGAUCCUUCUGCAUUUAUUGGCAAAAAGCACGGGUUCUACUGCGAUUUUUUCAAGACACGAAUGUUUUUGAUGUUUUUUACAAGGAUGCAGUCGCAUUUAUGUAGAUAUUUGGUAGAGAUUGGAAGAGAAAGGUCGGUGACUCUGCUUCCAUAUGCUGUCUUGUGCCAAGAAGCAAAGCCAACGAUUAUGAAUCUUUGGAUUGAGUUGUUCGAUGGUGAUAUGAACCCUGUGAUAGAUUACCUUUUAUGCAAAAACAUGCUUCAAGAAGUAGCAGGCGCUGUUUUAAAGAGACUGAGUCACGCAAAGAACCAUGAUGGAAUAAGAAAGGUUAUUUCGCAUCUUAAUGAUCCAAAGCACGAUGUCUUUAUGAACAUCAACACUGUUUCUGAGAUGCCAUGCAUAGACUUUGGAGAUCUCUACUUCUACAAGGUAUUUCAUCUGAAAGCAUGUGAAUGCAGAGCCUUUGAGUUUGAUGAUGGCAAUCCAGAACCAAAUUCCAAUGGGUAUGAUAGAAAGAAAAUACAAUCAGAAAUACGAAAUAUAAUAACAAGCAUAGAUCAAGAUGCUUUUGACGAAAGUAUAGCAAAAUGCAAGGGCUGCACAGCCAAAAGAUCCAUGAUUCUUGUAUGUGGCCCUGACAAAUAUGUAUAUUUUUGCUUCUUGCUUGCACCUGAAAACAUAAUUCCUAUGCUGAAGUAUUUUGGAUGCUGUAGUGCAUUUGAGAAAGCGCCACAGGCAUACUGGAGCACGGUGGUUUACUUUAUGUAUUUCAAUCUUCCAUUGAAGGGAGGACUUGCAGGCAAGAAAGUUGAUGUUAUGAUGAAAGAGAAAGAGCUCCCCGAGCUUGGCCUUCGACUAGAUGGCAGACCUUUGCUAUACAUCAACCCAUAG